CUGGCGCCGCCUCAGAUGCGCGCAGAGCGGCUGGCUGGCAGGCGGGCGGGCGAGGAGAGGGAACGCAGGAAAUUUCCUGCUUGGCCGACAGCGGGUCUCUCCAGCCGCGGCAGGGCGAAUGCCAGGGCGUCCUCCGCUGGCCUCCGCCUCAGUCCGCCAGCGACGCUGCGAGGAGGGCAUGAGGAGCCGACGCGCCUGCAGGAGCCGAGCUGGCCGAGUCCCCCGGAGCCUAUAGCAUCUUCUUCUAGUAGGUCCAUGAUGGAAUACUCCUGUUCAGUCUUGCUAAUUUCCAUUAGUUUUCUGCACGGCGAAGCAUUGCGUGGCAAUGGGACUGCAUCACUUAAUGAUACAACAACAAGCCCUCCAAAAGAAAACAGUCCACCUCCACAUCUGUUGACUUCAAUGCUGAUCCUGAUUCUGGUGUUUAUAAUUUUGAUCCUUUUAGCUGGCUAUUUCUUCAGGUUCAGGAAACACAGAAAAGCAGUGGUGACUUCAAGUGAUAAAAAAAUACCGAAUGGAAUCUUAGAAGAGCAAGAACAACAGAUGCUUCUCAGAAGGUCUCCUUCUGGCCCAAAAAAGUAUUUUCCUAUUCCAGUGGAACAUCUGGAACAUGAAAUACGGAUAAGAGCAGCUGAUGAUGGAAAGUUGUUUCGGGAGGAGUUUAAUUCAUUACCUCCUGGAUAUAUGCAAGGAACACUUGAGAUGGCAAAUAAAGAGGAAAACAGAGAAAAGAACAGAUAUCCCAACAUACUACCUUACGACCAUUCCAGGGUAGUUUUAAUGCAAAUAGGUGGACUUCAGUGUUCAGACUACAUCAAUGCUUCAUAUAUAGAUGGCUACAAGGAAAAGAAUAAAUUUAUAGCAGCUCAAGGCCCUAAACAAGACACUGUAAAUGAUUUCUGGAGGAUGAUAUGGGAACAAAAGUCUGCAACUAUUGUCAUGUUAACGAAUGUGAAAGAGAGAAAAGAGGACAAGUGUUUCCAGUACUGGCCUGAUCAGGGAUGCUGGACUUACGGAAACAUCCGAGUUUCUGUGGAGGACUGUAUAGUUCUUGUGGAUUAUACUAUUCGGAAGUUUUGUAUUCAGUCACAGGUUUCUGAUGGCUGCAAAGCUCCCAGGCUUGUGACACAGCUUCAUUUCACCAGCUGGCCUGAUUUUGGAGUGCCUUUCACACCUAUUGGAAUGCUCAAAUUCCUAAAGAAAGUAAAAUCAUUGAAUCCUGCACAUGCUGGACCAAUUGUGGUUCACUGCAGUGCUGGUGUGGGUCGUACAGGCACAUUCAUAGUAAUCGAUGCUAUGAUUGACAUGAUGCAUGUUGAGCAAAAAGUUGACGUUUUCGAGUUUGUGGCAAGAAUCCGCAAUCAACGGCAACAAAUGGUUCAGACCGAUAUGCAGUAUUCCUUCAUUUAUCAAGCCUUACUUGAAUACUACCUCUAUGGUGACACAGAACUAGAUGUGUCCUCCUUAGAAAAGCACCUGCAGCCAUCGCACAAUGCAGCACCAAAUCUCGUCAAACUAGGGCUAGAAGAAGAGUUUAAGAAAUUAACAAAUGUUCGAAUAAUGAAAGAAAACAUGAGAACUGGUAAUCUGCCCGCAAAUAUGAAGAAAGCCAGAGUUAUCCAAAUCAUCCCAUAUGACUUUAACAGAGUGAUUCUUUCAAUGAAAAGAGGUCAGGAGUAUACGGAUUAUAUCAAUGCUUCCUUCAUAGACGGCUAUCGCCAAAAGGAUUACUUCAUUGCAACUCAAGGACCUCUUCCUCACACUGUGGAAGACUUCUGGCGAAUGGUGUGGGAAUGGAAAUGUCACACAAUUGUAAUGCUCACCGAAGUGCUUGAAAGGGAGCAGGAAAAAUGUUUUCAGUACUGGCCAUCAGAGGGAUCUGUUACUUAUGGAGAGAUUACCAUCGAGAUAAAGAGUGACUCACUGGCUGAUGCCAUAAGCGUCAGGGACUUCCUGAUUAUGCACAAUCAGGAGAAGCUGGGCAGACUUGUCCGACAGUUUCAUUUUCAUGGAUGGCCUGAAAUUGGAAUUCCUGCCGAAGGGAAAGGAAUGAUUGACCUCAUUGCAGCUGUCCAAAAGCAGCAACAGCAGACAGGAAACCAUCCCAUUACAGUGCACUGCAGUGCUGGAGCUGGAAGAACAGGUACAUUCAUUGCACUCAGCAAUAUUCUGGAGCGAGUCAAAGCUGAGGGGCUCUUAGAUGUAUUUCAAGCUGUGAAGAGUUUACGACUGCAAAGACCACAUAUGGUGCAAACACUGGAACAGUAUGAAUUCUGCUACAAAGUGGUACAAGAUUUCAUUGACAUAUUUUCUGAUUAUGCCAAUUUCAAGUGAAAACUCCUGCCUUAUUAUUAUUAAUUUAAUCAUCUGUACAGAGAUUUGUAAAUCAUGUUAAUUUAUUUCCAUUGACUUUUUAAAAACUCUAAAUGUACAUACUAUCAUGUUUGGCUUGCUCGGAAUGCCUCCUUAGAUGUAUAAAUUAUUCAAGACUUUCACUCUCUGAUCCAAAGGAGCAUGCGCAGAACCAUUUCAAAAAAACCCUGAAGAACCUGUUUGAUUCCAGAGUCCCACUUUCCCUCCCAAACAGCCAAAUAGCAGGAUUGCUAUUGUUUUGAAAUGCUCAACAUGUGUAGCUUCAGCACAUAAAAUAGGGGAGCUGUACAUGAAGCACACUUUUGCAUGUGGGACACCCCAUUCAGCUGGGGAUAUAUGUGCAAAGGCUGUGUCUGUGUAUCUAGUUCCCCAAGCUGGAUCAAGGUGAUCUUUAAAGUUUUGCAUAACAGGUGGCCGUGUACAAUAUAUCACAGUAUAAACUAUUACGAAUAUAUGGCACAAUCCAGCCUAUGUUAGGCAUAUUCAAUGCCCACUGAUUUCAGUGGGUGUAUUAAGCUUCUGCUUACAUUUUUCCCAUUGAAGUUAAUGGGAUUUGGAGUUCAGUUAAUGGUCUGGGAGCACUUGAUGCUGCAGCACUACUGAAGCUAAGUGUGCAUGGAUGUGAUCAGCCCCUUGGAUGGGAGUCCAUCGAAGAACAGGAAACAAAUACUUUUAAAAUACAUUAAUGGGACUUCAAAAAUGCUUGGUUCUGGCUGGAUCAUACCCACAUUUUUUCCCUGAACACCUAUGAAAUUCUGCCUUUUAAUUUUUAGUUUUUAACUUUUAGAUGACUUAUAAAAUAACCCGUGUUUAUAAAGCAGAGGAAUAAGAGUGAAUAGGCUGGAUCCAAAUUCAUGCACAUGACAAUUAUUUCUCUUAGAGCAAGUUCCACACAAUGGCCACAUGCUACUAGGAAACACUGUGUACACCCCACUGAAAUGAGUGUGACCACCCAAGAGCAUAUGCACUUGCUUGCUGCAUUCAUCUCAGUAUUUGCAGAGUAUUCUUUUUUUGGUUGUGGUGGUGUUUUGAUGCUUUUAUGUUCAUCAGCACCUUGCUCCACAUGUAAACCUAUUGAUGCUAACGUGAACUGCUGACUGUGGAAGACACUAUUUGAGGUGCUCUAGAAAGUUGGUUAAUAUUCUACAACUAUUAAUCUUAACGUUCAAUAGCCAGGUUAUACCUGUUUGCUUUUUUGGUAUUUUUAAGCAUUCUUCCUGUUAAGCACAACUCAUUCAGUGGAUUAUAUAUAAUGGUACAUGAAUCCUCUACAAUCCUCUACAACCAACAGUCUA